CGUGCCGGCGACGACGACGGUGGCGCCGCGGCGCGCGCGCGCGCGGAACUGCACGCCGCCGGCCAUCCAGCAGUUCCCGCGGCCGCUGAUGGGGCCUGCCGCGCGCAAGGACGGCGGCCUCAUCCUGCACAUCAUCGUCGCCGUCUACACCUUCCUGGGGCUCGCCAUUGUCUGCGACGACUACUUCGUCUCCUCGCUAGACCGCAUCUGCGAGGAGCUGAAGCUGUCCCCCGACGUGGCGGGUGCCACCUUCAUGGCCGCCGGGUCAUCUGCGCCAGAGCUGGCCACUGUCGUCAUCGGUGUCUUCUUCGCCAAAGACGACAUCGGUGUUUCGGGCGUGAUCGGCUCGGCCGUCUUCAACAUCAUGUUCGUGAUCUCGGUGUGCGCGCUGUGCGCCGGCGCCACGCUGCACCUCAACUGGUACCCCAUGGUGCGCGACUGCAUUUUCUACUCUCUCGCCAUCCUCAUGAUGCUCGUCUCCAUCUACAAUGAAAGCAUUACCUGGAUCGAGUCCUUCACGAUGCUGGUGAUGUAUGGCGCAUACUGUGUGGUGCUGCACUACAAUGCACGACUGGAGCGCUGGGCCCAGACACUGCCAGUACCCUGUCGUGUGCAGGCUCCAGAAGAGGAGUCUGCACUCGUAUCUUACCGACAUCUAGAGGAGGAUCGCUCUCGCCGACCAUCUUACACCAGCCCACAGCAGUCAAUGGACAAGCAGCAACUGAGCUUCAGUACAACGAAUCAGGGACAGUCACCAAUUCAGCAAGAGUACUCAACUGACAUGGAGAAAGGACCAACUCCACAGCAGCAGGAGUUGCAGCAGCCAACAGGAGGGCCACCACCUGUGCCUCCACCUCCAGCAGCAAUCCCACCAACCACUGACUACUACAAACCUAAGGACUACAAUGUUCCUGAUGUUUCUCCAUUAGUUAUGCCGACUGAUGCAGGAAUGUGGGAAAAGAUUUCAUGGGGAGUAACUUUACCCAUCCAUGCAUUCUGUCGCGCAACCAUGCCAGACUGCAGGAAAGAGAAAUGGCGUCACUGGUACCCUUUUACAUUCCUCGUGUCAAUGGUUUGGAUCUCAUUUUACUCUUACAUAAUGGUCUGGAUGAUCACAAUUAUAGGUAGUACACUUGGGAUACCAGACACAGUGAUGGGUCUGACUUUCAUGGCAGCUGGCGUUAGUGUCCCUGAUGCACUCUCCAGCUUGGCAGUUGUCAAAGAAGGGUAUGGUGAUAUGGCAGUUUCAAAUGCAGUGGGCAGUAAUGUGUUUGAUAUACUGAUCUGUCUUGGGCUUCCAUGGUUUAUGCAGACUGCAAUUAUAAAUCCAGGUAGCACGGUUAAUGUCUAUAGCAAAGGUCUUACAUAUUCAACUUUGUCUCUGCUGUCAACUGUUGUAUUUCUAGUGGUUACAACCCAUCUUAAUGGUUGGAAACUUGACAAGAAGUAUGGUGUCAUUCUGAUGUAAUUUGAUUUGAUUAUACAAGUGAUCUUGGAAUUAGUGACUGAUGCAAUAUCAGCAUAACUCAUGCCAGCGACUGUGAUUAUACAACUGACACAAG